CAAAAAUUCAAGUCACGUCUCCGCGUAUUGUCCAUUAAGGCACUCGCCAUUUGGAAAAGCAGGUGUAACUAUCAGAUUUAAAAUAAAAGCAAAUAAACAUGUUCUAGUAUUGUAGUCUCAAAGUAAGAUUUCGUUGACUACGUUGAAUUCUUUUCAUUGUUUGGUAAAAUCUCUCAGAAUGUUUAUAAACCUCCACGUUCGAACAAACCACUUCAGUUUCCAGCUGACAGGAUUAACACAAUGUUCCACAUAAAAGCCAUCACAAAAUUAAAGUUCCUUAUCAUAGCUCUGUCGCUAGAAGGAAUAAAAUGCUCAAUUGACGGAACUUUUUCCAUACCCCGGCGAAAUGAAACGAAAACCGGCGAAGAUCCCUGCAACCCUCUCUAUUGGUACCCGAAAGCUAUCCCAGAAUAUUGUAACUACCGGAAAAUGUCAACUCCUCCAACUAAUAGCGGGUCUGGUAAGCCUAUUCCUAUCCCAAUACCGGUACCCUUGCCACCUCCUGUACCAAUACCAGUGCCUGUCCUUCCUCCUCCAGUUAUGCCCCCAAUGAUGCCAUGCGAUCCUCCACCGCCUAUUGCUGUUCCUCAUCCAAUCAUGCCUCUACCAAUGCCUUUACCAUUCGGUAUUCCUCUUGCUCCAACAAACCCGAUGGUGCCAGUCGCUGGAAUACCUCUACCACCUCCAUUACCAGCACCCCUACCCGUGCCCUAUCCUCCUCCAGCACCUUACCCGGCACCUUACUCUCCUCCUUUCGGUUCAACUUUUCUUCCGCCGUUUCAACCAGCCUUCCAACCAGGCUUCCAACCAGCUUUCCCACCAACUCCUUUCCAACCACCUAUGUCACCAUAUCCAGGUCCUUACCUAUCGUCGUAUCCAGCACCUUAUCCACCGCCCUAUCCUGCACCCUAUCCAAUGCCACAUAGAGGAAUAGGUAUGAUUCCUGGAAUACCAGGUGUAGUAAGUCCAGACGGUGGAGUCAACAUAAUGCCAUUCUCUGAUGCUUACGCUGACAUGCUAGAAAGACAUAAGCAAAAGAUGAUAAGAAGACGAAUGCAGAAGAUGCUGGAAAACUACGAACGACCACCAUGGAAGUCUCGAAGAAAAACGAGACGCCACAAUGGUAUUAAAGUUAGUCAUGAAGACAAACAUAGUGAUAAUGACGUUGAGUAGAACAGAGAAAUAUUUUUUU